CCUGGUCUAUAAGUGUUUUGCGGCGUCUGCUUGAGAAGAUGACUGAAAGGAGAGAUACGGAUGAAGUAGCAAUGUCAUGGCUUUUGUCAGCACAGCUGGGCAACCGACUCAUUCAGCUCGUAGAGCAACUGUGUGGCUCCACCAAAUCUAAGAGUGUUGCUCAGUAUUCUCAGGAUGAGGAACUUGUCACACUGUUCAACUUUGUCUUGAGUAAUGGAAAUAAGAAAGACCACAUCAUUGCCAUGGAAUAUGUAUCCCAGAUUCUCAAGAAUCUAAGCUUCAAUCUAAAACUUGGUGAAGAAUCAGAACCUGAAGACCAGAUGGUCCAGUUGGUGGCUAAUCUUGCCAGCCAGUUGUUCAGUAGCUAUGUCUGUUGGCAGACAACAGGAAUACAAGAGUUUAUGAGGUCCUUGUUCCUUCUACAGUGUCAAUCGUGGAAAUCACUAUCAGAGCAGACCAUUAAUACACUUAAGUCGACCUUCCUGAAGGCUUUCAAUGGUCUUAUUGCUUCAUUAGUUAAGGAGGACUCAGCCAAGCUUCUUGAGGAUGGAAGUUGUCUUAGGUCCACUCUCAAGGAUAUUAAGCAGAUAAUUAUGGAGGAUAAAAGUUCCUUCAGUCUGACCAUGAGGAUGGCCAUGCUUACAAAAGACCUCUUAUCAUUGGUAUACGAGCAGGUGAAGACACAAGAGGUAUGUGGCAUUAUGUUGGACCACAGCAUAAUACAGGCUCUGCUAGAAAUUCUGGCUCCAACAGAAGGCUGUUGGGUACAAAUGGAGGAGCAACUCUCCCCAUUGUACAUGGCUCCAGCUAUACUACAAGGAAGCAUAGCCUUCAGUGAGUUCCCAUUCCCAAAGAAGAUGCAGGAAACAGUAGUGUGGGAUCACAAACACACAAGGAUAUCCAUGUUCUUCUGUGACCUGUUGCUCUUUGUGUGUAAACACAAGAAUGUUGAGGUCUUGGAGGAGGAGGAGGAAGUCUCAUUGGGUCAGUAUACACACCUCGUGGUUUCAGCCCUUCACUCAGCAUGCCAUGCCACCGUAGUGCAGGAACUCUACAAUGCUCUCAGUAAUCACUCAGUGUCAGAAGAAGUAAAGGCUGGUACCACAAAAUUAAAUGAAGACAUGGGAGCAUUGUUGGAGCUGUUAAAUCAAGGCAAUAAGCGGCUUAUUACCAAGCAGAUACGAGACAGGUGUAGUGAAGGAAGCAGUGCUUGGUGUGUGACACUUGUAAAAGUUCUUAAUAUUUGGAUGAAAGCGGAGGAUGUCAACAUUAUGCGAUUGUUGAACGGCAUUGAGGAAUCUGCUCUUGGAUACAUAGCAACUAAACAGUCACUCCUGCCUUUGCUGCCAAAUGAACCCCUGAUGGACAUUUUAGCAGAGGAGAUGGGGAAACUAAGUAGCCUAGAGGAUAGUCCCUACCUGGCUACCCCUUGCAUCUCACUCAUUACAACAGCUUUGAGUCAUGUGCCUCCCACUGUCACAAAAGAUGUCAUUAGCUCCCUUUUCUCUGUGCUGACACAGUGGCGAGAAAAUGCUGAUAAUAUAUUCUUAUAUGCAACUGAUAUCUCGGGAAUGGCAUGGGAGGAUGUAGUGUUCACAUGUUCUCUGGUUCGACUGGUGACCGUCUUGGUGAAUAGACAUUCUAUGCACCUCGAAGCUCAGCACUGGGACUUCAUCCUUUGCUCUCUGUGCUCUUGGGCUCAGUCACUUGAGGAAUCCAGAUUGAGCAUCAGUGUAGAAACAGUGUCAGGAACAUUUACUUGUGCAGUGAGCAAGUGUGCAGGAUGUGUCAGUGAGGUGAUGGAAAAUCUGAAAGCUAAUCCUGACCUCCAGAAGUCCUAUCCCCCCAACCUCCUGGAGGACUGGAAGGAGUUCUUUUCUGCUUCCAUAUACAAUUCCCUCCUACCCAUUUUCAUAGAAGUUGCUGCCUCUUACAACACAACACCAACAGUAAUUCUUUAUGGAGUAUGCCGAGCCCUUUCUAUUGGUGUUUGCCGUGCAGGAACUGAUGAGUUAGCUAACCACACAUUGCCAGCAAUCUUUAAUGCUGAUGAUGCUGAAGCUGAUCUCAAGCUACCAGAUUCAGAGCAGAUUUUGCUGAACCAUCUUGCCCCUCUGCUUGUGUGCUCUCAUCCACCCACACAAUAUGCAGCCUACAGCAUGCUCAGCACAGCACUCCCAGGCAUCAUGGAGCAGUGGGAGAAGAACAAGACUGUAAUUAAAGAAGAAGAAGACAUUUCUCAGCGACCUCUGCCAUAUGCCAUAACAAGGUGUAUUAUGGAGUGUGGCAGUAUUGUAGAGGCAUCACUAGCAGACAAGGAGAUGGGUGAUGAGUGUAUUGUGGUUCCCUACACCGACAGCCACAUAUACAUUGCUGGCUACCUGCUGGCCUGGAGGUUAGCUCUGAAUGCCCUUACACAUGCUUCAGACGCCAACCAACACCAGUACUCUGCUUACCUUAGACAGUCAAAUCUCUUGCAGAAAUUAUUAUGUAACCUCUUCAAGUUGAUGCCUCGAGCACCUCUUGUUGAAAGGGUGAAGCAAGACAAUGUUAAGGAGGAUAAGAUGCCAUCAACCAUGUUCAGCACAGAACUCCACAUUAACCCUAUAACCAAAGUAACUUCAAGACUUGUAGCUCAUCUAGCAUGCAAGGUUUAUUAUGAUUGCACAAGCCGUAUCCCUGCGGCUGUAAGACAGUGGUUCAUAAGCUUGGAGAGGCAUUUCCAGCAAGUUGUUGACCCCUUCACUGCUACAUACGUAUCUCCAUUGUUGAUUGCACAAGAAAUGGCAGCUGUAAGCAACUCAUUUAUGAAAUUUGACAAUAUGACGGUGAAAGCUCGCACAGGUGCGAGGGAAGUGGUGGCCACAUACACCAUAGAUGAGGCUAGCAUGGAGAUAGUUCUCCGAAUGGCACCCAAUCAUCCUUUGUCCACUAUUGUUGUUGAAGACCACCGAAGACUAGGAGUUUCAGUUGCUCAAUGGCGAAAUUGGUUGCUUGGGCUAAACACAAUGCUUUCCCACCGCAACACACCUCUGAUGCAGUCUCUAGCCUUCUGGAAGAAGAAUGUGGACCAGAAGUUUGAAGGUAUUGAGGAGUGUUACAUUUGUUACUAUGUCUUACACGGAACCAACCACCAACUCCCCAAACUCCUGUGCAGGACCUGCAAGAAGAAGUUCCACUCAGCCUGUCUUUACAAAUGGUUCAAUAGCAGUAACAAUUCAACAUGUCCAUUGUGUAGGGCUCUGUUUUAGUAUAAAUAUCCAUAUAUAUUCUAUUGUGCUUGAUUAUUUUUAUGUUAAAAAUGUGGCCUUGAGUAGUAAUGUGAAUUGUGUCAAUUUCAUUUUAUUUAGUCAUGCAAAGGUUGUUUUAUUUAUUGCUAGAUUAAUGUCACACAUGACUGGGUAACUUUAAAAAUAUAUUUGAUUGGAAUGAUGUGAAUAUAUUCUGCUGAUAAUGGAAAAAUAAUAAAUUUCGUUGUUUAAAUAUAACAAGGUAUUGUUAUAUUGUAAUAUUAAAAUUAAACAUUAUUUUCCAAA